AACUUUAAAGCCGCGUGGUGAGAUGUUCCCCGCUUUGCUAUUUCUGAUUGACGUAGAGCCUGGUUAUAAAACUAAAGAGCACCUGAGCAGUUCUUGCCCCGAUUCCGACAGGAUGACUUUCCAUACGGAAGUUUGAGAACAGAGUAUCCAAUGUACUCCUAACUCUUUGACCUCUGCGGGGCAACUACCUCCCACUUUCAGCGUGACGUUGGAAGAGGGAUGGCGCUUUAAAUAUGGAAAAAGACGCGCUUCAUUCUGAGAAGUACUGUAGACCGCACGUUGGUUCGGUUUAGGCAUUUAUUUCAAAGUACACUUUGAUUUUUUUUUUUUCCUUUUAAAGUUUUCCCAAAUUGCAAGCUCGAUAUCGUUUUGACGGUGUUUGGAAUUUGUUUUAUAGUAGCGUUUUAGCGUUGUCUAAAUAUCCAGUCAUUCAUUUGCGAUCGCCGGUUCUUAACAUAACGUAGUUGUUGUGUAUUUAGUAUAUGUAAAGCGAAAUUACUGCAAGACAACGUAUUACCACAACGUAGAAGUUACCCCCCCCCCCCCAGCCUAAAAGGGGACGGUACCUGGCUGAAAGCUUAGCGUACGGCGGUACAGAUAUUACCGAGAUCAAGGGGGGGAAUACGGAGCUUAGCGAGACAACAUGAGCGUCGACAAGAGCAAGGUGGAGGAUGAGGCAGUGAUAGACAGAGGAGCGGCAUUUCUUAAGCACGUCUGUGAUGAUGAGGAGGUGGAAGAAUUCUACUACUACUACUUCUUAUUCUACUACUUCUUAUUCUACUACUUCUACUUAUUCUACUACUUCGACUUAUUCUACUACUUCUACUUUUUAAGGCAGAUCAUACUCCUGAAAGGGUUUCCAAAGCUGCAUGGUUUAUUUUGGAAUGUGGGACCAAACCGAAGUACCAGGAAACCCAAAGAAACAUGGUGUAUCUGGGUUAUGAACCAUAUUUCCUUGCCGUCUCUAGUCUCACCUGCUGCCGAGCGGAUCCGCUUCAUGCUUGGUGAGGAGGAUGAUGGGCCUCCACCACCUCAGCUCUUCACCGAACUUGAUGAACUCCUGGCCGGGGAAGGUCAGGAGAUGGAGUGGACAGAGACGGCGAGAUGGAUCAAGUUUGAAGAGAAGGUGGAGAAGGGAGGAGAGCGGUGGAGUAAGCCUCAUGUCGCCACACUGUCCUUACACAGCCUGUUUGAGCUGAAAACCUGUAUUGAGAAAGGCACCAUUAUGUUGGACUUGGAAGCAUCCACACUUCCACAAGUUGUGGAGAUGAUUACCGAAAACCAAAUAGCAAGUGGUCUCUUAAAGGCCGAACUCAAGGACCAGGUGAUGUACACCUUGCUGCGCAGACAUCGCCACCAGACCAAGAAGUCCAACUUGCGAUCCCUGGCUGACAUUGGAAAGACAGUCUCCAGUGCAAGUAGACUGUUUACCAACCCGGACAAUGGUAGCCCAAUGACUUCACAUCGAAACCUGACAUCCAACAGCCUGAAUGACUUCUCUGACAAACCUGAAAAAGAUCAGCUGAAGAACAAAUUCAUGAAAAAGUUGCCUCGUGAUGCAGAGGCCUCCAAUGUCCUGGUGGGGGAGGUCGAUUUCUUGGACAGCCCUUUUGUUGCUUUUGUUCGCCUGCAACAUGCUGUUAUGUUGGGAGCUCUGACUGAAGUUCCAGUACCAACGAGGUUCCUCUUUAUCCUGCUGGGACCCAAAGGCAAAGCCAAGUCCUACCAUGAAAUAGGAAGAGCGAUAGCCACGCUUAUGUCUGAUGAAAUCUUCCAUGAUAUUGCGUACAAGGCCAAGGAUAGACAAGACCUCCUGGCUGGCAUUGAAGAGUUUCUGGAUGAGGUCAUUGUUCUGCCUCCUGGUGAAUGGGACCCUGAAAUCCGAAUAGAGCCACCAAAGUCUCUUCCAUCUUCAGACAAACGGAAGAACAUGUACGCAGGUGGUGAUAACAUGCAGAUGAAUGGUGACACCCCCCAUGAAGGGGGACAUGGAGGCAGUGGGGGCCACCACGAAUCUGACGAGCUUAAGUUUACAGGAAGGUUUUGUGGUGGCCUUAUACUUGACAUCAAGAGGAAAGUGCCCUUCUUCGCCAGUGACUUUUACGAUGCGUUACACAUCCAGUCUCUGUCUGCGAUUCUCUUCAUUUACUUGGGAACGGUGACCAAUGCCAUCACCUUCGGGGGACUGCUAGGGGAUGCCACAGAGAACAUGCAGGGAGUGCUGGAGAGCUUCCUGGGCACAGCGCUUAGUGGGGCGAUGUUCUGUCUGCUGGCCGGUCAGCCCCUCACCAUUCUGAGCAGCACUGGUCCUGUGCUGGUGUUUGAGAGACUCCUUUUCAAUUUUAGCAAGGACAACGAUUUUGAUUAUUUAGAGUUCAGGCUAUGGAUCGGCCUGUGGUCGGGAUUCUUCUGCUUGAUUCUGGUAGCAACGGAUGCCAGCUUCCUGGUGCAGUACUUCACUCGAUUCACAGAAGAGGGAUUUUCCUCACUCAUCAGCUUCAUCUUUAUCUACGAUGCCUUUAAGAAGAUGAUUAAACUGGCUGAUCACAACCCCAUUCACAAAGGUUUUACGAUGGACUAUGUGACUCAGUAUGACUGCCGCUGUAUACCUCCCACUCUGGGGAAUGACUCGAGUACCUCUGAAAAUGUUAUGGAUUAUAUCAACAGCACAAAUCUGAUUCCAAAUGCUACGUGGGCAUCUCUGAGCAGGGAUGAGUGCCUGAAGUACGGUGGCAAGCUGGCGGGUCUGGCUUGUGAGUUUGUCCCUGACAUCACUCUGAUGUCUUUCAUCCUGUUCCUUGGCACCUACUCCUUCACUAUGUGUCUGAAGAAGUUCAAGACCAGUCCGUUCUUCCCCACAACUGUUAGGAAACUCAUCAGCGACUUUGCAACAAUCUUGGCCAUUUUGACUUUCUGUGGUGUAGAUGCUGUGGUUGGCGUGAAUACACCCAAACUGCUGGUGCCGAGUGAAUUUAAGCCAACAAGCCCAUACAGAGGUUGGUUUGUACCCCCAUUUGGAGGCAACCCCUGGUGGGUGUACCUGGCGUCGGCUCUCCCUGCCCUCCUGGUCACCAUCCUGAUCUUCAUGGACCAGCAGGUCACAGCGGUCAUCGUCAACAGGAAGGAGCACAAGCUAAAGAAAGGCGCUGGUUACCACCUGGAUCUCUUCUGGGUGGCGAUUAUAUUGGUGAUCUGCUCCUUCAUGGGCCUCCCGUGGUAUGUGGCCGCCACGGUCAUCUCCAUCGCGCACAUUGACAGCCUGAAGAUGGAGACGGAGACGUCGGCACCGGGUGAGCAGCCCAAGUUCCUGGGCGUCAGGGAGCAAAGACUGACUGGUAUCCUUGUCUUUAUUCUGACUGGACUCUCUGUGCUCAUGGCUCCAAUACUUCAGUACAUUCCCAUGCCAGUACUGUACGGAAUAUUCCUCUACAUGGGCGUGGCAUCGCUCAGUGGUGUGCAGUUUAUGGAUCGCCUCAAACUUCUGUUCAUGCCUGCCAAACAUCAGCCAGACUUGAUCUACCUUCGACAUGUACCUCUUCGCAGGAUCCAUCUUUUCACCUUCAUCCAAGUACUCUGUUUGGCACUCCUGUGGAUCCUUAAGUCUACGGUGGCUGCAAUAGUCUUCCCAGUCAUGAUCCUGGCACUGGUCGCAGUGAGGAAGGCCAUGGACUACAUCUUCUCUCAGCAUGACCUCAGCUACUUGGAUGAUGUCAUUCCUGAAAAAGACAAGAAAAAGAAGGAAGAUGAGAAAAAGAAGAAGAAAGAUAGUAUAGACAGUGAUGCUGAUGAUUCUGACUUCCCUUAUCGGGAGACGCUGCCGGGCAUUAAAAUAUCCAUGGAUAUCCUGGAGCAGGAGCCCUUUUUGAGCGACAAACGUCCCGUCAGAGAAAAGUCCUCCACUUACCUUGACCCACACUCCGCAUGCUGAGUGGCUGAACUAUAUCCGGGCCAGUUUGGUGGUGAGGGGGGGAAAACGGUGCCUCAGAGGAGAACCUUGAAGACUAAGGCAAGGGGUCCUUUUUGGAGAACCAUGCCCAAGGUCUUUCGAGCUAAUUUUGCGAAUUCCUUUUAAUGACACAUUUCCAUAGUGGGAAAAAAAGAAAAUAAAUUCCUUAAUUAGGGUGAGAGUUGAGGAAGGGUUGUUUAAAAAAAAUGUUUGGUCAAACUUGAAGGAUCCUUUCUGCUCCUCUUUUCCUUGAAAAGAAUGAAUGUAUCGUCAACUAAACGAAAACAUUCAGAUAUGCCUGGUUUUUAUUUAACAGCAGAUGCCAUAGUUGACGUACAAAGAAACCUUUUAAAUGUGAAAAAAAAAAACUGUUUGUCCCCUCUGCCGAACAUUUCGAAAACUGCCGUUCAGUACACAUAUCAUCCUUUACUAUGCAAAACCUCCCUGUGUCUUCUGAUGAACAUAUUAAAACAAUAGAAUUAUGGGAUAUCCUUUUUUGUGGGCCUUAUCUGAACUUCUUAAUUUUCUGAAAGAACUAAUCAACUUUUCCAGUAGUAGGAGAAAAUAUUUUUAUAGUUCUACCUCUGUUUGUCAUUUUGUUUUGAUUUGUAAUGACUACAUCAUAUGAUUUUAAUAUUUCAGACCUUCACCUUCUGUGAUGUCCUAUGACUUUGUACGAAUCUAAAAAUUGCUAUGGAGAUGCACAUAAGUAACAGAGAAUGUGAUAAUGUUAAAUGUGUUCACACAAGAUUAUGAUUUUACAGUUUGUGUAGGUACGUUAAGUUUUAAAAUGGUGAUUAAGUUAAUAUAAUGUAAUUUUAAAUGGACUGGCAUGAUCUGUAUACUUUUGUUUCUCAUGAAUUUAUCACUGUAUUCUGGAUUAAUAACACCAGCAGUUAUACAACUGUUAUUUAUGCCCCAAACUGUCUUUAACUCGCUGAAAGAAUGAAUGCUUGGUCUAUACCCAGAAAUACAAUGGUCUGUAUGUGUUUGGUAUGUUUAACAAAAAACAAUAUUAAUAUAUUAACACAUUAUUAUAAAAUGUCUUAUUCUAAAAGGUUGGUGUUUUCCAAACCCAGAAAUACAAUGGUCUGUAUAUGUUUGGUAUCUCUGUAACAAAAAAAUAAUAUAAUACAUUAUUAUAAAAUGUCGCAUUCUGAAAGGUUUUAGAACAAAGGAUAGCAUGUUAUGCAGAAUAUUUUCUUUAAAAAUCUAAUGGACGCAUUAUACUGUAGAUAUCACAGGCAAGAGUUUACUUGAUGUACCAUUUUGGUAAGAGUUUUAAUUUUGAUUAAUAAUUCCAAGGAUUUAUUAAGUCUUCCACUACUGAAUUUGUUCAUCUCUGAACAAAAUCAAUCGUUUGUUUGUCUUAAUAUACAAUGCUUGAGUUAUGGGGUUUCUUGUUUUUGAUCAUGUUUUGUUUUUAUUUUUUAUUUUUCCAAACCAAUGUAGGUUUUCACCAGUAUGCACACUAUAUUAGAAAAGUAAAUGCAAUAAUGGUUAAAGACCUUAUGCCAUUUAAGUCAUUUGUUGCUGUUUUGAAUAAAAGAUUAAAGUGAUUUUUUAAAAAAAUUUAUAUAAUAUGAAUAGAAUUUGUAUUUUUAAGAAAAUGUAUAUUAAAUAAACUCGUAAAGCUUCUCUU